CUGAUAGAUGGCACUGACUGGCAUCACUGCUGGGUACUGACUGGCGGCACUGACUGGCACAACCGCUGGGCACUGACUGGCGGCACUGACUGGCAGCACUGCUGGGCUGCACUGGUGGGUGGCACUGGUGGGCAGCACUGGUGGGUGGGCACAGGUGGGUGGCACUGGUGGGCACAGAUGGGCGGAACUUGUGGGUGGCACUGCUGGGCACCAAUCAUCAGGGCACUGAUCAUCAGUGCCCUGAUGAUCGGUGCCGAUCCUCGCUCUGACAACUGCCGGUUCUCGGCAGUACUUUCCUCACGAUCUGACAGCGUGAGGAAAGUGCAGCCGAGAACCGGCACUUGC